AUGACAAUAAACCGACCAUAGAUUUUGGGAAACUACCAACUUAUUCCUCUUAUAUCACUUAGAGGGUAUGAUAUUAACAAUGCUGCCAAUAUUCGAUUAAAAUAUACAAAUGUUGCAUUUAAUGUAGAAAAAAUAAGUCAUUUAUUUUUACAAAAUAAAAAAUAAUAAUAAUUCAAUAUAUAUUUUGAUAAAUAGAGACUUUCUAACUAUAUACUUAGGGUCAACUUCUGUAAUAUAAAGAGUUUACUAUUAAGGAGCUAUUUUAUAUAUGAUCUAAAUUAUAAAGCUUUUGAUCCGUAUUGUGCUGAGCUCUUUUUUGAAAGGGAUUUCAAUGGUGAUACCAUAAUUAUAUGCGACAAAGUACCUGAUUUGUAAGCUUUAGAGUGGUCUAAACCGAUUCGUUCCAUUAGUAUUCCAAAAUACAGUAUAUUAUUUUUAUUUGGUAUGGUAAACUAUUAAGGAGUGAAGCAAUCAGUUAUUUAAACUUAGCAAUGUGAUGAAUUUACAAACAUUUAAUCUGCAAAUUUCCAACCAACAGUUUCUAAUAUAAAAGUACUCUUUCUUAAUAAUUGUUUAACAGUUAAAUUCUAUAGUUAAUGCAAUUAUCAAGGAAUAAUAUUCCAAAUAACUAAAGGAUAAAAUUUAUUAUUAUCAAUCAAAAUUCCUUUUGAAAUAAUUUCAAUAAGUACUUGUCCUAAUAUCAUCAUAAAAUUAAAGGCCCCCAAUUAUUUUGGAGGAUCAGUCAAAGAAAUUACUACUUCCUAAUCAUGCAUGAUUAGCUAUAAGGUAAAUAUAUAUAUCAUUGAUUAGUUUCCAAAAUAUCAAGCAAAUUAGUGA